CAACAGUCAAAAGGAAAGGCUGGGCAACUCCCCUCCACUGAAACCAUAAAGCACAAGCAGACACAUACAGCAUAUGGCCCAGUCGCAACCGGACAUCGUCGGCUCCGGCUUGACUGACCACACCGAGGGUCAAACUCCGGCUGCAGACGUUUUGGCGCAGGUAUGUGGGGUCUUUUGUUUGGCGGAGCGGUCCAUGUUGUCACCAGCAUCACCGUACCAGUGAGCCUCCCAAAGAGGCCGCCGAGACUCGACACGACGAUGUCGCAUGGGCUUCGGCAACACGUCGUUGUACCUUCGGGAAAGCAUCACUCAUAACUUACCCCCAAUACCUAGUUAGACGAAACAGUGCCGAGUGUGGUUCAGCAACCCAGUGGAGUUCAAAACAUGCCAGCAAUGUCGGAGAGUCCCACGCCACCAGACAUUGACCGUUCGAGCCCGGAGAGUAAGCAUUUAGAAGAGCGGCGAGGUCCCGCACGUCCCUACACUCCUCCGAACGAUCCGAACUCUCCUCGCCGCGAUUCUAGGGGCCGCGCCGAUUUCUCGCCGUCCCUCCACAUUCCGCGUCGGAAUACGCAUGUCAUAGUGAGGCCACCCAUUGUUGAAAGCUAUCGAGGACGAGACUCAUCUCCAGUGAGAACUGAAUAUGGAGGCGAUGAGGAUGAUACGGUAUCAGUCCGGUCCGCUCUCGCCACGCGGACUCUCAAAGCAGCUCGCCCGUCUCAACGCGUCAUAACGAAGUCGCAGAAGAUUUCCAGUAUACAGAAUGUCUUUAGCGAAAGCCAGAAGAUCGCGUAUGUGGGGUUAUGCUACCUGAGUGUGGUGCAUCAUCCGAAGGCAGAUGUCAAGGGGUUGAAGAAGGCAAACGACAGUUACUCUACAUGGGCAGACCACUUCAUGGAGAAGCUUUAUGUGUUUUUGGACAUCAAAUCUGAAGAGCGAUCAAUGAUCAAGAGCUUGGCAGAACAUGGGUUGGUGCCGUCAGAUCUCUCCAAGUCCCUGAUUGACGACGCAAAGAAAGCUGCAGCUAUGAUCAGUGAACGCCAGGAGAAACGGCAACGAGCAGAAGAAGAGGCGAUGGAAAAAGGCCUUCCCUUCGACUUUGAUGACUCCCAAGAGAAUGGAGUCGACGACGCUGAGCUGACAGAUAUCCGCUUCACGAUCCUGACGCAUUUAUUCAUUCUCUGCAUCAUGGACGGGCAGUACGAUUCCCGCAGUCGCACGGUUCUGAGAUCGGUGGCCCAAUAUUUGGAGAUACCCUGGGCGGACGUUGUCCGAUUGGAAGGAGCGAUCGCGGAUCAGUUGAGAAUCUACGAGGAUAGCGAAGAAGUCAAAGGAGACGUUGAAAUCGUAGGGAAGAGGAAUCGGGCCGAUACAAAGAAUCGAUGGCUGUUUACCGGGAUAGCUACUCUCGCUGGAGGAGCCGUUAUUGGUCUGACAGCAGGUCUGGCUGCUCCUUUGAUUGCUGGUGGGAUUGGCGUGGCACUAGGAACGUUCGGUGUGACCGGGGCGACUGCAGCGCUGUCCACAACUGGAGCACUGGCCCUGAUCACCACGGGGGGUGUCCUCACUGGCGGAGUGCAAUCCAGGAAUGGGAGGGGUGAAAAUGAUGAAACGAACAAAAGGCAUCACACAGUUUGAGUUUCUUUACAUCGAGGACGGUUUGCGGAUGAUUGAAGAGAACAAGGAGAAGCGUAGAACGGAGCGGCGGAAACGCCGACGUCGAGAAGCUCGAGAAGCUUUACAUCAGAAGCUUGACCAGCAGAAAGCCGAUAAGGAGCAAGCCCAAGAUGCGGCGAAAGGCGAAGCUCCCGGAGAACCAAACAAAGGGGACGACGCGAAAGAAGUGUACAUUUCGGAGGCAUCUCGGGAAACAGAAGAAGAGCCCUUGCCGCGGUAUGAGGCGAUGACGCAGGAAAAGUUCGAUCGUAUCGGCAAUUGGGUGAAUACGACUUCGGAUCAGCGGAUGGACUCGGACUCUACCGA